AUGGAGUUGUAUAUCAAUGAUAGCACGCAUACUUUGGCAAUAUGCUCAAACAACUAUGCGUUGAUUCUUGUGGACAGCUUGCAGAAUCGUGGAGUCUAUGCAGGCUCUUCCAACUAUUUAUACAAUCAUAGCCACUCUAACCAUGCUGUGAGUCCAGAUGGAACAACUCCGAAGUGUUUGAUUGAGUUUGUGCCCAGGAAUACAGUUCCGUUGCACACCUUUCGACGGUCUCCAAUUGAGUUGUACGGCCUCUUGGGAUUGAUAUGUCUCAAAGGGACCAUGUAUGUUGGAUUUAUCAGUGGCAGAGCGAAUGUCGGUCCGUUGAUCCCACAGGUCAAUGUCCACCAGUUGGUAAGUACCAUAUUUGUCAGUUUCUCAGGUGAAGUUUAUUCACUGUACAACCAGUAUAGCCAUGGAUCUCAUUCGCAACAGCCCCUGCAACAGCUGCAGCAGCUGGAGGAAAUUACAUCCAUCAUGAAAUUGCUUGAGACAGGUACAUUCUACUAUUCGUAUGAUACGGAUUUGGCAGUUAAAUCACAAGAUUGGGAUAUUGCCAACAAAUCGGACUACACUUAUACAACAGUCCAGAGUUUACAGGAUGAUUAUGCAGGAAGAUUUGUAUGGAAUAGUAACUUGAUUAGCGAAGUAUCCAUUUUCAGAGGCCGUUUAGCAGAUGAAGAGAGAAAAAUUUUUGACCAGGGCAAAUUCUACAUAACGUUGAUAAGGGGAUACGUCCACCGAGAACCGUUUGAUGUUCGUGACGAUAGUUGGAUUACGAUUAUCUCAAGGCAAGAUUGCAGAAAAGUAGGACCCUUGUUUGGACCGGCGUGUGUGGAUGAUGAAGGUAACGUUGCAAAUUUUGUAGAAACAGAACUAGUGGUUUACACCGGAGAUAACCUUGUGAGUUUUACAAUAGUGAAAGGAAAUGUCCCUCUUUUUUGGAAGUUGGACACACAUCUUCUGUCAACCAAAAUUGAAUUCCCUCGAUCAGAAGAUGCUUCAAAACAUGCGUUCAAUAGGUUUUUCGAAACUCUAUGCACGGAGUAUAAUAUGGUUUAUGUUUUAGACGCUUUGAGCUCGAAGGGUAGCCAGCCUGAGUUGAGUGAUAGGUAUGCAAAUGCCAUCCAGGAGUUACAAACUGAUUACAAGGAACUCUCAGUGGGCUACAAAAAGCUGACUUACGGGGUGUCUUUGGGAAACAGGUUGAAAGGCAAAAAUGAUUAUAUGAGCUUGCUAUUGCAAGACGAGCAAAUCCACGCUGCACUGCAAAAUUACUCGGCAAACCAAUUUAACUUCAAAGAAUGGAAGCAAAGUUCAAGACAGUUGGGUGUUUUUCUUGUAAAUACAUUGGAUUCAAAUGACAGAGCAAACCAUGUUCAAUGCAAAAUUAGCGAAAUGAUUCUCGAACAUCUUUUCGGUACAAAUUUCACGCCCGAAGUUUGGUCAAAACACAACUUACUUUGGGUAAUGAAUGGUACCGCUUUGGGAAAGUUGUCAGAUACUUACAAUGCAUCUAUCAAAACCAAAAACAAAACUGGAGGGUUGAUUGGUAAAUUUGCCGAGCAGGGGAAGAAAUACGCCGAGCAAAGUAAAAAGUAUGUUUCAGGUGGACCAAAUAAUAUAAACGGGUCUAGUUCAGGUAGGCAGACCCAAUUUGACAGGUUAUUAGGACGUAAGAAUAAAGAAUUUCAAGUCGAAUUGAUUGACCCAAUUCACGAUUAUGUUCUCGAAGGACUCAACAAAAGGCGCAACGAAUUUACCACUAUCAAAGAUCUUCUUAUCUACACUGUCACCUUCAACGUUAAUGCGGUUUUAUAUGACGGUGACCUCAAUGAUUUAUUGUUUCCUGAAGAGGAAAGUUACAGCAAGUAUGAUAUUAUCACGAUUGCUUUAGAAGAGGUUAUAGAAUUAACACCAAGUAAAGUGAUGUCGAUUGAUUUAAGUACAAGGAAUUUUUGGGAGCGAAGAUUUAAAGAGGUCCUCAACAAAAAACAUGCCAAAGAAUAUACACUUCUUAGAGGAGAACAACUUGGGGGAAUCCUUCUGUUGGUUUAUGCCAGUAUUGAAAUUAUCGAUAACAUCAAGAAAGUGGAAAGUAGCGUCAAAAAGACAGGCUUCAAAGGAAUAAGUGCAAACAAAGGUGGUGUUGGUAUAACAUUUACAUUUUCAACCCAUUCAAGGCUUUGCUUUGUUGCGUCUCAUUUAGCAGCAGGGCAGAGUAAUAGCGAAGAACGGCACCAGAAUUAUAAUACAAUUGCUACAGGUUUGACAUUUAAAAGAUGUAAAAACAUCAAAGAUUCAGAUAUUUUGAUUUGGAUGGGCGACUUAAAUUACAGAAUAAGUUUGCCAAAUGAAACAGUUAGAAAGAUACUUCAAUUUCGGACGCCAGCAUUUGCGCUUAAGCAACUAUUCGAAUAUGAUCAACUAAAUGCGCAAAUGGCAAAUGGACAAACAUUUCCUUUCUUUGAUGAGAUGGAAAUUAGUUUCAAACCAACUUAUAAGUUUGAUAAAGGAACAGACUACUACGAUACUUCUGAAAAACAGCGUGUUCCCUCAUGGACAGACCGUAUUUUAACACACACGAAAGAUAAAAAUGUGACUUCCUUAGAACAAGUGAGAUACAAUAGCAUUCCAAAGUAUAAAUUUAGCGAUCAUAAGCCUGUCUAUGGAAUAUUUGUGGCCAAACUUGAGAUAGUUAAUGAUUCUAGUAAAUCUGUUAUUGAAAAGCAAUUAUACGAUAUAACUAAGCAAAAGCUUUAUGCAAGUGAGACUGGCGGCGUUUUAUUGCCUGGCAUACUCAGCUCGCUGAUGUCAGAGUCUCGGUCAAAGAACUUGGUAAAACGUGGGUUACCUCCUCCAUCGAGUAAAGAUUCAAGGUGGUGGAUUUCUAAAAACAAGGAUGGGAAUAUGAGUGACGAAAAGAUAGGAAAAGUGAAAGUCAGGUUUCCUGAGCUAGAUAGUGGGGAAAAGAUGAUCAACCCAAAUCUGCCGAAGAAUCCAUUUACCAAAACAACCGAACCACUUUUUGUUGUAAGGGAAGGGUUAUAG